UGCACGCAGCUCCUUUUGGCUUCCGGUUCUUUUGUGCUCAAAAAUGGAAUCACUUUGCAACUCCCUUGUCUGCUCUCCAGCCUUUGCCUGCUGUGAUCACUCAAUUGCAUGAAUACUAGGCCGCUGAUCAUUGUUUACGGUGACUUUGCCAGGACUUCUGAUCUAUACCGAGAUCUCGGCAGGACAUCUCUCUAAUUCCAGUAGUGGAGACAUCUUCUGCGCUGGGCCUAGAACUGGAAUUUCGUGCAUCUGCAUCAAUUGACUGCGUAUCCACUUCCGAUCCAUCUGAACCGCGCACAGAAAGACGCCGGAGGGGCAAAUAUUGCAUUCUCAAUCUGGGUCCAUAAUCCAGCAGCUACCUCUGCCUUGCUCCAGGCAACUCUGGCUUUAAGCUUGAUUCUUUACCCUGAGAAACUACAGGACGUCCCAACAUUGAUUGACGAAAAUGGGCUGGUUUGAUGGAAGGUCGUCGACUUCGUCUUCUCGCCACGUUCGUCGGCGCUCCCCGUCCCGUCGAUCCGUCUAUUCGACCUCGCACUCUCGCCAUUCAGCGCCAUCAAUUUUCAGCCUAGGUGGCUACAGUCGUGCUGGUCGUUCAAGCCCAUCGGUGCUGUCCUCGUCAUCUUCGAGACGCGCACGGCCUCGAGCUGGGUUUAUCCAGCGCGUAAUCCACUAUAUCAAGCGCCUCUUCCGCGACAUCUACAACUAUGCGCGCCGUCACCCUGCAAAGGUCUUGUUCAUGGUCAUUAUCCCUCUGCUCACGAGUGGUGUACUACAGAAACUACUGGCCAUGAUCGGUAUCCGCCUACCGCAUAGUCUAAGUGGUCACUCCUCCGGUGCCAGAAAGGUCGGCGAGAGUGGCAUGAGUGACAACCUCAAUGGACUCAUGAACAUCGCUAAAAUGUUCCUGUAGUACUGUGGGGUGCCCGGCAGACUCAGGGAAGCUCAGCUGCAAUUGGCGAUAAGCUUUGACGCAGCCAUCCCUGCCGAAUGGCGACAUGAAUGCCUACGAACGAUCAUGACUAUGACUAUGACGAUGAUUACAUGUACUCGAUCUACAUUAUUGAUGUUUUUGUUUCUUUCCCAACAACCGGUUGAUGAUCUAUACCAACUAUUAUCGGGAGGCUGCCUGCAAUGUCAUACAUUUAAAACCUUACACAUGCGUCGUGGUAAACAAUGAUUUUCCGCUCAAAGGUCUCAAUGGCCUAGCUUGCCUAUCUUUGCCGUUGAUCUCUCUAGCCACUCUUUUCAGCUUAAAACCUUGCGACGGCACGGCCUGUUCGCGACCAUAUUAGUGAAGAGCAAUCUGCA